AUGACGACCUUAAACCCCACAAUGAAAGCAUGGCUAUACACCGGCACAGGAGGCGGUCUAGAGAAAAACAUGCAUCUCAACACCUCCGCCCGCACACCCCCGCCCCCGAAACCCAACGAAGUCCUCGUCCAAGUCCUCGUCGCCUCCCUCAAUCCAGCAGACUACAAAGUUCCCGAGAUGUUAUUCGGUCUCGCAGCAAAGCUCGUGAUCGGCACACCCGCGUCCCCAGGAAUGGACUUUUGCGGACGCGUUCUCGCGACUGGGUCCGGGUCCGCCGCGACCCGCUUCACGGCCGGACAGCUCGUAUUCGGAUGUGCGAGUCGGCCGGUGAAGUUCGGCUCGUUGGCGGAGUGUUUGUGUAUCUCUGCGGAUCUGAUUGCGGCGGUCCCGGACGGCGUGGCUGUGGAGCAGGCGGCGGGGAUUGGGAUUGCGGGACAGACGGCGCUGCAGUCGUUGGACGGGUAUGUGAAGGCUGGGGAUAAGGUAUUUGUGAACGGGGGUUCCGGAGGCUGUGGCUUGUUUGCUAUUCAGAUUGCAAAGGGAUUAGGGUGUCAUGUUACGGCGACUUGCUCGACGAGGAAUGUUGAGCUUUGUCGUAGUGUCGGGGCGGAUGAGGUGAUUGAUUAUACGGCUGAAAAAGAUCUGAGUGCGACGCUUAGGGAAAGAGGGGUGGUUUUUGAUCAUAUUCUUGAUCAUAUUGGCCUGCCUUACGAUCUUUACUUCCAGUGCCAUCAUUUCCUGAAGCCUGAGGGUGUGUUUCUACAGGUUGGGGCUAAUAGUAUGGCUAUUCAUGUGGGGAGAGUUGGAUGGCCCAAGUUCUUGGGUGGUGGACGGAGGCAAUACACCAUUUUCUUUUUUGCUAACAAGCAGGCGCAUGUUGUUGCGAUUGGAGAUAUGCUACAGAAGGGGACGCUGAAGGUCCAGGUUGAUAGUGAGUAUGAGCUUGAAGAUGCCGUUAAAGCAUUUGAGAAGCUACGCUCGGGGAGGGCCAGGGGCAAGGUCUUGGUGCAUGUUUGUAGGCAAUAA